GCCUGGCCUUCAUUUUUGUUUUCGGACAGCUUGAAGGCUCAAGACAAUGAUCAUUCAUCAAUUCUUCACAAAACCAAACAGCCACUUGCUCGAUUGCUAUGUCAUAAAGAGCAGAGAAAAAGUCUCAUCAUCAUGGCUCAAAAAUGCAGGCAAAAAUCAGGCAGUGUUUCGAAGUUUCAACUCUUGGUAGCAUUGGUAGUCGGUUUGACAACGUUUGAAUGUAUGUCUUGGCAGUUCAGGCAACCUCGGGUGGAGCAAAUGGCAAGGUCUAUGACUGGAAUGGUUCUGAAGACAGAUAAUCCACAAGAUCAGAAAACAAAAACGACCAGCAAGGGCAUCCCCACGGUACCGGUACACAUCUCGAGAGAGCGAAAGGAAGGAGCUUUAGAGUUCGUUCACAUACCCAAGACAUCUGGCACCGCCAUUGAAGUUGCCGCUGCAAGACAGAACAUUACGUGGGGAUUGUGCCAUUUUCGAAACCUACCAGCAUUUCUCGUUCCCAGCUAUCAAAAGGUGGACUAUCCAGGAUGCAACCGGCUUGCCAAAGGCCAAAGGGCGCGUCGAUGGCCGUUCUGUCCGGGUCAGUGCUGGCAUCAACCUCCUGCCAAGUUCUAUCAACACGACAACAAUAAUGGGCCCAAUCCUUCUCAACAGAAUCCAUACUCCAACAAGAAUCUAUUUGCCAUUGUCCGAAACCCCUAUGCCAGAAUGAUUAGUGAAUUCUAUUGUCCAUGGAGUGGGUACACAAGUGCUGAUGAAGGGGAACACAACCAAGAGUCACUCAAUAUUUUUCUGCAGCAAAAGCUUCUUCAAUACCAGAAAGAUCCGGUAGAUUUGCAUUUGCUUCCUCAGUCGCACUUUAUUUUUGGCUCAUUGACCAAAGAAGGCCCAAUCGUCCAGGUCGUGGAUCAUGUCCUUUUCUUUGAGAACUUGACGUCUCACGUUCACGAACUCUUCCAAGCGUAUGAUCUGGACAUUGCCCUUGAGCAUGUCAACGCUGGAACUGACAAGACGCAACAAAAUCAGCAACAGCGACAGCGGAGUAGAAGAAUGGGUGUGGGAGACCUGUCCAAUGAAACCAUUGAGCUGAUCAACGAGAUACACAGAGAAGACUUUGAGACUCUGGGAUACCAAGGCAUCAAUCCUCACAACAUGCCGCAAGGUUGGCAAGAAAGCUACAGGUUGGAGUCAAUCUACAUGACAUGACACGAUCGUUUAGUUGAAAGGUGAUUUGAACGAAAUGUUACCAGGGCGGACUCGGCUCCUCCAGUCGAGACCUCCAAGCUUCUAUUGAGAGUAUUGUCUGAUUUGACUCGAGCAGACUGUGCAUCAACGUUCUCGGUGCUCGACCAGAAUGUCCUUGACGCCACAAAAUGUAUACUGGUACCGUUCAGUAUGUCAGAGGUCAAUGACCACAGCAUGCAGAAAUGCGUGCUCCCUACGGUACGGUAUGCUAGCCAGACGUAUGCAGGUCAAUCGACCAUUUUAUCGAAGCCUGGACGCAAGAGGUAUGCGGGUCAAUCGACCAUUUCAUCGAAACAUGGACACACAAGAAGACUCAAUAGUGUAUUUCCUGUGUUCCAACAAUCGACUUGAAUCAGUAAUCUUCAAUUCAAACCCAUGGGUUCAUUCCUUCAUUCCUUGUCA